AUGGAUAGCGAUUCUUCACAGAGCGACAAGUCCAACGAUCCUCUUGAAACAGCUCGGUGGACCAACUAUUUGCCAGAAACUUUUGGAAUUCGGGAUGCGGUGAAACAAUCCUCUUAUCGUUGGUGUGUUAGAGAAGGAGGAAUGUGGGGUUUGGCCACAGCUUCUGGAAUGAGUUUACACCGACUUAGAAUGGGUUCACGACCAAUUGUUGCAGGACAUUUCUUUUUUGGAACCUUUAUGACAGUCAUGCUACCAUCCUACUAUUUCUGCUAUCGACGACGAGAGCAUCACGAAGAAGUUAUAGAGGCAAUGAUGAAAUAUAACAAAUUUGGGCAUGCUAAGGAAAUGCCUGAAGAGAUCCCACUCCAGGAGCAUCCCUUCUGGGGUGAGUCAGAUGGAUCAUCCGAAAGCAAACAUGAUCGAGAAUUCAGAGGCAUGAUCAAGGAACGAAAGGAAUGGCAGAAACCACAAGAUCAAUCUCUCGAGGAGAUUUUCAAAGAGAAAUAA